AUGUCAAGUAUUGAAAAUUAUAAUCUAGGGCUUCCUAGUCGAGGAUGGGACCUAUGGAUUGUCAGCACCGUAAUGGUUGUUGUGGCCGGUGUCUUUGUCGUCGCUCGGUUAGCAGGGAGAUAUGUGAAGGGAGAAUUUAGGAUCGACGAUUAUACAAUCUUUGCUGCCUUGGUUGGUUAUUCUGCCUUUGCGAGUGCGAUGCGAUUUCCCCUUGUGUCUAACAAACGUGGACAGCUCAACUCUGUCGUUCUCACAGUCGCGGAAAACAUGGCCGUCUCUAAUGGGUACGGGAGACAUGCCAUAGAUUUGACCGAAAAUGAAAUAAUUAUGUCCCUCAAGUGGUUUUAUGUGGCGCAAGUCUUCUACAAAAUCGUCAUUACCCUGACCAAGAUGUCCAUUCUUUUCCUCUACUUGCGAAUCUUCUAUAUUGAGGCCUACUUUCGCUGGGCCUGUACUGCUCUCAAUGUCUUCAUAGCAGCAUGCGGAACCGCGUUUGUGCUCGCAACGAUUUGGCAAUGCCAUCCCAUGGCCGCGUUCUGGGACAAGUCUAUUCCCGCCUUUCGCUGCGCAGACAACCAUGCUUUCUGGCUCUCAUAUUCCGUUAUCAAUAUCAUCACGGAUAUCUUGAUAUUAAUUCUUCCCUUGCAAGAAGUCCUGCGGCUCCAGCUCCGCUGCCGAGAUAAGUUUGCGCUGGUAUUAGUUUUCUCACUAGGAGCAUUCGUUUGCGUUACCAGCAUCAUCAGAGCUACAACAGUCGCUUCUUCUUCCACCAUGAAUGAUUUAACCUGGACCGCGAUUCCCGCCACAAUUUGGAGCGUCGUUGAAUGCAACACGGGCAUAAUAUGCGCCUGUCUCCCCAUGAUCCGCCAGCCGCUGUCCAUAAUCUUCCCUUUCCUCUCCUCCAACCCCUCCCGCACUCAGUCCACAUGCCGCAAUCUCCCCUUGCCUCAUAGCAUGUCUAUGAAUGAUCUCAGUCGCGUUAUUAACCCAGCCACUUCCGCACGCAGCGACUUGUCCUGGAUGGAUAUGGAAAUCGAUAGUCAAAAAACCGAGGCCAUGGAAACAGCGUCAUCAGCGAAACGCAAGCGAUUCCCUGUAAACGACAGCGAACAUGAUAUUCUAUCGGUUAAUUUGUUGGGGGAGCACAACCGGAACAUGUGA